AUGCGUGAACCAGCGCUCAACGCUAUGUCACCUCAAACGUUCUUUGAGCACAUGGACGAAAAACUGAGACCUUCAAACUUCAAUUCUCAUUCCCACAGCUUCCGUCAUUCGUCUUCUGAAGCUUCUAAUAAGAUAACACACGGGAGAAAUGGGACAACUUUGGUCGAUCCGAUAAGAAAUGGAUCCAUCCCCAAUGGAUCUGCGGGCCCAUUUCACAACUUAAAUGCACCGAACUUUAUUGAUGAAUCAGAAUUACUACAAAACGACAAAAACAGCAGCACUGAAGAGAAAAUAAAUCGGCUGAACUCGGAAAACCAGCAGCUGCAGAACGAAGUUAAACACCUGAUGACGUCAUUGCAAUUGCACCAAUCAGGUCAUUCCACGUCGUCUCCUCUAUCUCCCCAAAGAGAUAAACACAUAAUUCCGAAUGGGUUCCGCACAAUUAACCAUCAGGAAAUUGUCCUAAACGAAUUUCAGCUGGAGACUGAAAAUUUGAAGAAAGACUCCAGAGCAAAAGAAGACCAAUGCAAUUCCUUGGAGCAAAACUUGCAAGAUAUGAUUUGCCAAAACUCAAAACUCACAGAAGAAAAUAUUCGUCUCAGCCAGGAAUCACAGCAAUAUGAAGACGUUUCCUCUCGAAGUCAGAAAAUGGCAGAGGACAUAAAUCGGCUGCUUCAAAAAGAGACGAACUUGCGGCAUGAAAAAGAGAUCCUGGCCGCCAAAUGUGAAAACUUGGAAGCUGAAAAUGAAAGUUUGAGUGAGGCCAACAAACAGAUUACUCAGUUAGCAGACGAAAACAGAAUGGCUCAAAGACAGAUUCAAAAACAGCGAGACGAAAUUGAACAGAUGCAGAAGGCGCAAGAGAGCAGCGCUAACGAGAAUGCACAAUCGAUGCUCAAUCUACAAGAUGCGUUGAAAGACCUCAAGCACAACUACCAACAACAGUCAAUCAAAUACAAUGACCUUCUGCACGAGUUCAAUCGGCUGAAAUCUUCAGUUGGCGAGAGUGGGUCACCGGGUCAUUCCGUGGGCGGCAACAAGACGGCGAGCGCAACUGCUGGUGGUAUCGGUGUUGCCGCCACGACAGACAAUCUGCUGGACGGAACAACGGCUCACUUUCCCGCCUUCGGGGCGCAAGACCUCCCCUUAGAACCAGUGCCUGUCACAAUCUACAUCGCCAAGUACAACUACGAUCCCCUCAAGUACUCCCCAAACGACAACCCAGAGUUAGAGUUGACAGUUUCGAAGGGGGACUAUGUCUACAUCCACGGGGAUAUGGACGAAGAUGGUUUCUUCGAGGGGGAGCUCCUGGGAGGCCAGCGGGGUCUGGUUCCAUCCAACUUCGUCGAACCAGUGAAGGAGAAGGAGCUGCCGGAACUCUUGAAGAGCCACCUGCAGAAACUAAGAAACCGCAGCUUGUCCAACUUGCAUUUGAACCAAAUCGCGGCAGCCGGGAACUACGGGCUCAAUCCGAAAGUCGAUUCAGGAGUCCAGGUGCUAGAAGAUGAUAUCUCAGAGUUCCCCAACAGGUCAUUGACUUAUUCUGCCAAAUAUGACGUCACGUCGCUCAAAGCUAAUCACAGUGCGGCGUGGAACGACCAAUCACAUUCCAACCAUAUUCCAGUCAGCCCGAAAAGCCUUCCAUCACUCAUGAACUCGCAUCUAAACCGAAGUCCGACACACUACUCGGCUGCAGGAGGACACCACGACUUGUCGUUAGCCAAUCACAUUGGAGAUGGGCUGGAUACGAACUCGCAGAAGUACUCGCCUUCUUUUGCGGGUUCUUCGCCGCGCUCGGUGUCGUCUGUCGGCACGAAUGAAGAAAGUCACAAGUCGUUGAGCAAUGGACCCUCUCGGCAUGUUUCGCCUAGAAGUGACAAAGCUCAUCGUCUCCCCGUAGUGUCAUUGGACGACCUUGGGGGUGGGGGUGGACAGGUGAGUCCGCCGGAACGACUUGUGGUGGAGAAGAUGCUGCUUAACUCAGUCCUCAUCAGCUGGAGUGCGAGCAGUGAACCAGUUAAAAGAGUCGAGUGCUACGAAGUGUGUGUAGACGGCACACGACAUCUCACUGUCAGACCAUAUGCUAAACUCAGGGCACUGUUACACAACAUCGAUACCCAGAUUCCACACAAAGUGAGCAUACGAACCCUCACAACCAGAGGUUUGGUCAGUAAAGACCAACAGUGCACAAUUGUGAUAGGAAAGGGCGCCAAAAAGUCUCCCUACGAUCUCAAAGCAAUCCAAAUCCAACCGACGAGUUCCGAAAUAGUCUGGUGGCCUUGCAACAGCAACUUCUCCCACGGGUUGACCUUGAAUCAGGGACCAGAGGUCAGGAUACCAGCUGGUACCUGGAUCCAUAAGUUAACAGGUCUCACGCCUGCCAGUGUGAACAAAGUGUCUCUGAGGUCAGUUUGGGAUGACGUCACGUCGCCACCGAUGUCUUCGGAUUCGAGUUCGCCUUCUUCUCAAAAUAGCACUGUGGCUAAGAUCGAGUUCAAAACAUUGCCAUCAGGUCUUCCCGACUGUCCCUGUGGGGUUCGAGUGAUUGUCAGCUCCUCACCUCCGAACACUUUCACAGUGAUCUGGGAACCCCCGACAUCCCCAGGAGUGAAUGGAUCUAUGGGAAUAGGAGAACCAGAGGGCGUGGUAGUGUCAAAUGGAGUCUUGGUCACCGGAUACAAGGUUGUGAAAGACUCUGGAGAGGUGCUGGCCACAAUUCCGGAUCCUGCUGCCGACCGGGCAAUCUUGACGGUCUCUUCUUUACGAGGUGCUAAACGAAUAUCAGUGCGGACAACUUCCUACGGCGGUUCUUCAAUCGACUCCAAACCCGCCAAAGUGCCCACUAUCCUUUCACCCACUAACAAUCACAGCCUUAUAAAUCCUACCCUCCCCGCGACCGGAUUAUCUCCUCUCAGAGGUGGCGGUGGGGACCCCUCGUUUAUCGGUCCCGGAGGGGGACAACCAAGAUUUUCUAUUGGAGAUAUCGAAUUGCAACCCCCUGACUACUUAAGUGAGACAAGUGAGAUGUCGGAGCUAGCAGACAUUUUGGAAGAGGGAGAGUUCAGGUCAAAUCUUAGUGCUAAUACAGAUUCCAAAGUUCAAGGUUACCAUGGUCAGCCCAAGUUCAACUUGGAGAGCGUUGGCGUUCCUUCUGUGAUGCCGACUGUAUACGACUACCAACAGUAUCUCAAAUCACCGAGAAGUCACUUGGACAGACCGCGACGCUCUCGUCCGCGUGUUCCGCCGCCGCACAGUCAGCUCGCAGCGAACGAUAAGGCAUACACUUCAGACUCGGAGCUAACUCAAGUUCGGCCAAGCUACCGAAACUCACAAUCACUUCGGUCGCCCGGCUCUGGUUUCCGCGAUGACGACAUGAUAACAUACCAGUCGUCGCCUGCUAGACUUCGAGGAUCCGGACGGCACCGACUUGACGUUGGGACUCCUCAAGGGGGUGGUCGCUGGAAGCGUGCCCCGGGGUUGUACCCGCAACAACAGCAGCGUUUCCGGUACUUCGUGGCCUUAUACAACUACAAUCCACUAGUCAUGAGUCCUAAUAAGGAGUCGGCACAUGAAGAAAUCGCAUUCAGGGAAGCAGAUGUUAUCAAAGUGUACGGCGACAAAGACGAGGACGAAUUCUACUACGGCGAGACGCGAGAUGGGAUGAAGGGCUUCGUGCCGAGUAACAUGGUGCUCGAACUCGGCUCCAGCUUUGCCGCCACUCACCACUCCUCGGCGUCCGUCGCCACUUCGGAUUCUUCUGCAGGGGUUAUUUCUUCGGCUGCAGUCGCUGGUGGCCCCAGACUGAAGGACAAAGCGAGUGUGACGUCACUGAGGAAAAUGGUGGCCCUGUUCGACUACGACCCGAGAAAGACUUCUCCCAACCCAGAUGCUGAGGACGUCGAGUUAAGUUUCCGAGCUGGCGAUUUGAUGUUCGCGUUUGGACCCAUUGACGAAGACGGAUUCUAUGUAGCCGAAUUGCUGAGUGGCGAGAGAGGUUUAGUGCCUUCGAACUUUCUAGAAGAAGCAGAUGACGCAAAACACGCUCAUAGGAGCCACAGAUCGCCUCACCCAGGCGCUCGCAAUGGCCAAAGCCAUUCCCUACCACCGGAUUCAGAGGACCUCCCCCUAGACUAUCAAAUGGACCCUCAGCUAGACACCCAAAUGCCCCCCACCAACACACAGGGACCAGUUUACUCGUACCUGCCAACGGCACCCACCACCGAUCCAACUCAAACGACAGAUCAACCAAUCAGCAGGUCUCGUUUGGGAACCAGUCACCUCAACCGCACCCGCAACAUCACCCCGGAAAUCAGCAGGGACAAUCAAAUCCAAAAUAUACAUUUCCAAGAGAAUCACGACCAGGAGGAAGUUCAGGCUAUGACUCAUCAAAAUUAUCCGACAGCUAUCCAACAGGACACCAAUUUCAAGAUGCGGGGCCAAAACUGGCGACAUCAUUCUCGCAACCCGGUAGCACCAUCGGACCGAACUCGGACAUCGCUGGUCGAAUCCUUUCACCUCCCCCUGCCCUCCCCACCCGUUCGCCUUUCAGGGGGGCUCCAGGGGGUGCUGGGAACUCCUCUAACCGACGGUGACGAAACCGACGAUUUGAACUGCGAGACAAGCGUUUUCUCCGAAGACCCCGCGGCACUGACUAGCGACUGUACAACACCGUGGGAGCUGUAGCGCUCCAAGCACUGUCGGAAAAAUUGUUCGAAAUCGUCAAAGAUGAAGUUAAACACUCAGAAAUUUGAACUGGGUUGUUGCGUAUGUUUGGUUUGAUAUAUUUUGGAGCUUUGCGAUUAUUCGUCCAAUUUACAUCACAAGUUUGAGGGAGUGCGAAAAUCAUUUCACAUCAUAAUUUAAUUUAGUCGAAGUCUCAUUAACGGGAGAAACUCAUUACUUAAUUGUUACUUUAACCGAAUUGAAUCAUAAUUUAUUUUAACUGUAAGUGCUUAAAUUGUAACAUUAUAAGAUUUGUGAUUGAGAUUAUUUAUAGUU